CUCGGCGCCGACCCGUACCGCGUACUCGGGGUCAAGCUUGGAGCGAGCAAAGACGAGAUCAAGGCGGCCUACCGCCGCCUCGCCAUGAAGCACCACCCCGACCGCAAUCCUGACGACCGGGAGGGAGCGGAGAAGCGGUUCAAGGCAGUCAGCGAGGCGUUU